UUCCCAAUUCGGCAAUUCCUCAAUCCCUUCCUCAGCCUUGACGCCCAAAUCAUCGAAACGCAGCUAUCAAAUCGUAGAAAAAACCCACACAAAUUCACACACUCAAGCCCCGAAAUUCAAUCGAAAUUGUUCAUAAGAGUUUACUUUCAUUAAUUGAUUUGGCCCGCAGCAGUUGUUGACUUCCCCCACACUUGAUGAAUCUUUCUCUCUAAGCAUUGAAUUCGUGGGGGCUCAUUAUUCUAGGGCUUUCUCUUGUCUCAAUUUCCCCAAUUUCUCAACAAUGCCCGCGUUAGGAAAUGAGUAGCUGUUUGUUGCUCUUGUUUUGCUGCACAAGUUGUAGUAGAUGGCCGAUACCGAUUCACCCACCUCGGAAUUCGAUUUACAUCUCGAGAUGGACUCGUUAUCUGGAAAGUCGUCGUUAGGGCUUGAAGGGCUACCUCUUUUCAGCUCUCGGCCUACUGGGAGAAAGAUAUCUUCAGAGGAGAUAACUACAGAGAGCGGUAUAGUUGGCCAUGGAUCAGAAAAUUGUGGCUCUCGGUGUAUCAUACUAAGGAGCAUAUUUCGCAGUAUUAAGAUUGUUCUGUUUUCCAAUAAAUUGAACUUGCUUGUACCUUUUGGUCCUUCCGCGAUAUUAGUUGACAAAAUUACAAAAAAUCAUGGAUGGGUGUUCUUUUUAAGUUUGAUCGGCAUCAUCCCUUUGGCUGAACGUUUGGGCUGGGCUACAGAGCAGCUAGCUUUCUUUACUGGACCAACAGUUGGCGGUCUUUUGAAUGCUACAUUUGGUAAUGCAACGGAGAUGAUAAUAUCCAUGCUUGCACUUCGAAAUGGCAUGAUACGUGUUGUCCAGCAGUCAUUGCUGGGAUCGAUCCUUUCUAAUCUGUUAUUAGUACUUGGAUGUGCACUUUUUGGAGGUGGGCUUGCUCUUAGAAGGGAGCAAGUGUUCAACAAGCCAUCGGCAGCAAUGAACUCGGGAUUGCUCUUGAUGGCAGUUAUGGGUCUCUUAUUUCCUGCAGUUUUACAUUACACUCGCACUGAGUUAGACUUUGGCAAGUCAGAGCUUGCCCUUUCAAGGUUUAGCAGUUGCAUUAUGCUGGUGGCAUAUGUAGCCUACAUUUUUUUCCAGCUAACCAGCCAAAAGAAUCUGUAUAUGCCAAUAAAUGAGGAGGAACGUCCAACUGGUGGGAACUCUGUUGACGAAGAAGUUCCAGAUAUAUCAAAGUGGGAAUCAAUCGUGUGGUUAUUUACGUUGACUUGCUUCAUAUCAGUUUUGUCUCAAUACCUGGUUAAUGCUAUAGAGGGGGCAUCUGUUGCGAUGAACAUCCCCGUUGAGUUUAUAAGUGUAAUUCUGCUCCCAAUUGUUGGGAAUGCAGCAGAGCAUGCGGGUGCUGUCAUGUUUGCUGUCAAGGACAAGCUUGACAUUUCUCUAGGAGUGGCGAUUGGCUCAUCAACACAAAUAUCAAUGUUUGUGAUACCGUUCACCGUGGUUGUUGGUUGGAUCAUGGGGCUUCCGAUGGACUUGAACUUCAAGCUAUUUGAGACAGCUACUCUAAUCAUGACAGUUCUUGUAGUAGCCUUCAUGCUACAGGAAGGGACAUCAAAUUACUUCAAAGGGCUGAUGCUUCUUCUGUGCUAUCUGAUAGUCGCAGCGAGUUUCUUUGUACAUAUAGACGAAGACUCUUCGCAGGAGGAUCAUCCUUAGGAGUUGUACAUACAAAAAAAAGGAAGAAGAAGAAAAAGAAGCACAUCCUCAAGUCUGUUGGAAAAUUAAGGCCCCAAAUAUAGAUUCAAGAUCUUCAAGAACUAUACAUGUGUAUAUAUAUACUACUCCAUAUUAUUUGUAAAGUUAUCUUGUGAAAGAAGUUUAAUAAUGAUGCUUGUUUUAAGAUGUGUUU